AUGGCGGAGCUGCCGCUGCCCGCCGCGCUCAACGCCAGCACCUUCCCCGCCAAGCUGUGGCGCCUGGUGAACAGCCCCCGCGUCCGCUCCUUGCGCUGGGACAGCCAGGGCCAGGGCCUGCUCAUCGACCGCUCCCUGCUGGAGCGGGAGCUGCUCAGCCCGGGCGGCGCCCACGGAGCGGGCAGCGAAGGGGCGGGGCCGGGCCCGGACUCCUUCCAAGCCAAGCACUUCGGCAGCUUCGUGCGCCAGCUCAACCUCUACGGCUUCCACAAGGUGCCGGGCGAUGCCGGCGGCUGGCUGCACUUCAGGAAUGCCAACUUCGUACGCGACCGCCCCGAGCUGCUGCUCCGCAUCCAGCGCCUGACCAGGGCCAACAGGCAGCGGCUGGCGGCGGGGCUGGAGGUGCGCAGCCGCCAGCCCAGCCGCUUCCAGCAGCUGCACACGGAGCGGCCGCUGCCCGCCUUCUGUGCCGGGCAGCCCCCCGGAGCCGCUCCCUCAUGCCAGAGCCUCGCUGCUGCAUUCUCACUUGAGGAUUCAGAGCUGUGUCCAGGCCCUUCCAGGGGAUGUGCAGGUGCUCAGGAGUCUGACGCUUCCCCACCACCUGCCAAGAAAGUCUGUGCCUCCUCUGGACUUUUUGGAGCUUCACCAGUGGAACCAUCAAGGGAGCUCAUCCACAGAUUUAAUCUCCGCAAUCUCACCAUUCCGCUGGUUCGCAUCGACCCUGCAGCUGCCUGCAGGGCCCUUCGAGAUGGCAGCAGCUGCAAAUCUUCAGAGCAGCACAUCCCAGCCAACAGUGCUGCCUCACCUGGGGAUUCAGAGGUGCCUCCAGGCACCUCCAGGAUGAGUGCAGCUGCUCGAGAGCGUGAGGCUUGCCCAGAACCUCCUGAGGAAGCGUUUGUCAACUCUGGACCUCUUGGGGCUGCAUCAGUGGAGCCAGGCACAUACAAAUUUCAAUUCCAGCCUAUCAUUUCGCCAGUUCCCAUGGCCCAUCAAAGCACUUUGGUGACAGUUCCAGAAAGCAGCAGCUGCACAUUUCCUGAGCAGCACUUGCCAGCUUACUGCCCAUCAGCCGCUCCCAGCACUUCAGCCCCCAGUGCUCCAGCUGGCUGUGCUGGUUAUGCACCAUGGAGAGCCCCCAGGUGGCUCUGGGAUACUCCUGGGGAAGAGGAAUUGCCCCCGAUUGAUCUGGACAUGGUGCUUGAGACACUGGAGGAGAUGCUUUCGUCCUCCCCACCUGAAAGGUCUCCCUCUGCUCAGGGGAAUAUUAAUGUUGCCUCUGAGUCUUCAGGAGGGCAGCCUGUGAACAAGGCUGCAGCAGAAGGAGGUUUGCCUGGCACUGAGUGCUGUGGGAACAGUUCCCAGGAACCCGAGGAGCUUGAUAUCCAUCUGAUCUACCUUGCCAGGAGGGCUGCCCUGCGUGCCAGGGAGAAACCGAGGGAGAGCCUGUGACCAUCGGGCAGGUGGAAUCACUCUG